AUGUCUGUCCAUCAACUGGUACUCAGGGCCCCGGCCUGCCGACUGCCUGUCUCCAGGAGGCAGGCCCAGCUCUCUGCCCACCCCGAGGAGUGGGGGCAGGGCGCCUCCCUCCAGGCAGUGGACUCAGCUGGGCGCCUGCAGCACCUGCACGUGUACCGGCUGGAGAACCAGACUCUCUGGCACGCGCUCUUCGUAGCUCCUCAGAAGUCCUCAGCACUGCUGGCUGGCCAGAGGGAGUUCUGCACGCUCAGAGCAGUCGCCCCGGCCCCCACCACGCUCAUGGCUUUCGCCACCUCCGCUGUGCCCUGGCUCCUCUCUCAGCCUCUCCCAGUUGGCAACAGCAGCGAGCAGGAGCCUGUGGAUCCCCGGGACCCGCUGCUAGCCCAGGCGGAGCUGGCCCUGCUCUCCACGAUCUUCGUGGCUGUGGCCCUGAGCAAUGGCUUGGUGCUGGCGGCCCUAGUGCGGCGGGGCCGGCGGGGCCGCUGGGCUCCUAUGCACGUCUUCAUCGGCCACUUGUGCCUGGCCGACCUGGCUGUGGCCCUGUUCCAAGUGCUGCCCCAAGUGGCCUGGGAUGCCACCGACCGCUUCCAUGGGCCCGAUGCCCUGUGCCGGGCCGUCAAGUAUCUGCAGAUGGUGGGCAUGUAUGCCUCCUCCUACAUGAUCCUGGCCAUGACUUUGGACCGCCAUCGCGCCAUCUGCCGCCCCAUGUUGGCAUACCGCCACGGAGGUGGAGCUCACUGGAACCGGCCGGUGCUGGUGGCCUGGGUCUUCUCACUCCUUCUCAGCCUGCCCCAGCUAUUCAUCUUUGCCCAGCGCGAAGUGGGAGAUGGCAGCGGGGUCAUUGACUGCUGGGCCCGCUUUGCCGAACCCUGGGGACUCCGUGCCUACGUCACCUGGAUUGCCUUAAUGGUGUUUGUGGCACCCGCCCUGGGCAUCGCUGCCUGUCAGGUGCUCAUCUUCCGGGAGAUUCAUACCAGCCUGUUACCGGGGCCAGUCGAGAGGGCUAGGGGCCACCGAGGGGGGCGCCGAGGAGGGCGCCAGACAGGCAGUUCCGGCGAGGGAGCUCGGGUGUCGGCAGCCAUGGCCAAGACCGUGAGGAUGACGUUGGUGAUUGUGAUUGUCUACGUGCUGUGCUGGGCACCUUUCUUCCUUGUGCAGCUGUGGGCAGCGUGGGACCCGGAGGCGCCUCGGGAAGGGCCGCCGUUUGUGCUGCUCAUGCUUCUGGCCAGCCUCAACAGCUGUACCAACCCCUGGAUCUACGCCGCCUUCAGCAGCAGCGUCUCCUCGGAGUUGCGCAGCCUGUUGUGCUUCCCUUGGAGGCGCACCCCACCCAGCCUGGGGCCCCAAGAGGAGUCCUGCGCCACUGCCAGCUCCUUCCUGGCCAAGGACACUUCCUCCUGA